UCUCUCCAGACUGGUCCGGCGAUAAUUCCUAUACUGUGAGUGACAGUCAGCCCAGCUUUCUGACUGCACGGGGGGGGGAAUUUUAUUCUCCAAUUCCAGAAUACGAGAGGUAAUCCAGGAAAGUUGGAAAACUGCAUUCUGUCAACAACGCAAAAAUGGAAGAUAAAGAAAAUGCUAACAGAUCUGUAUGGAAUGAAGUGGGCAGUACACUUGACAACACUUCUGUUUCCCCUAAAAUCGUAAAUUCCUCUGUUGUAUUGAAACAAAUUAUGCCAGGUACAAAUUGCAAUUCUCUAAACAAUACUACAGUGGGAGAUCCUGAACCUGCUGCAGUAAAAUCCAAAGUUAUGUCAUACACUCAGACCUUUUUACAGCAAACAGAUAUAAAAAAGCAACAGACGAAACCAGAUAUCCUCAACUCUGUUCCCCGCAUUUCGGAGAAGCGCAUACUUGGCUCAUAUCGUGGCAGAAUAGUCCCUUCUAAGAUAAACUCAUUCAGGAAAGUUCCAGCAGAGGGGGCUAGAAAAAAUUCUCAGAGUGCUCUGCCUAAAUCAGGAGUAAAGACAGGGCCCACAACUAACACUACAAGUGCAAGAGAUGCUAAAGUCAGUGGCAACACUGGUCCUCCUAAGCUCCUAAAUUCUACCCCUUUUCAAACCAGAACCGUAAGAGUUUCUGUUUACCAUCCCAAAGCCAUUCUGAAUCAUGAGAAAGAAUCUUCCACUGGUGUCAUGGAGAAUAAUGGGGCAGCCCAAAGAAACUGUGACAGGAACGGGAAACCGCUAUUAAAGACUGUUCCAGCCACUGCUAAUAAUUCUGUCCAUAGGACAAAGAAACUUGCUCCAUCUAAAACUGUGCCAGGAAGCCUAAAAGCGCCACUUUCUGAAAAGCAUGCUAUUGGGUCAGCUUCAAAACCAACUGACAACAGCAAAGUUCCAACAUCUGUAGAUGUGAGAAGAGCUCAGCUAGCUGAAUGGCAGGCUUCAAAGGGGAUAAAGAAGCUACCUCAUUCCAUACCUGCAAAUAGCCAGCCCAGAACAGCAACAUGUCAGCAAACUAUAAAAGAACCAGUUGAAUCCUUCUGGGCUACAAUAGUUGAAGAAGAUGAACAAGGACUACUCAGUGAUAGGGUCAAUAAGACACUUGCAGACUGUCUCUACCUCAUUGAAAAGGGCUGUGUAGGUAAAACAAUACAUUCCACUUUGGAAAAGCUGAUAGUGUCGGUGCCAGAUGUAAAAAAGCUUGCUAAGUACUGGGUGUGCCAGAUGCGUCUUGAACAGUUUUGCUCCAUGGAAAAAGUAAUCAGUAUCUAUGAAAAAGCAAUUCAGGCAGGAGCACAGCCUAAGGAUGAGUUACGUCAUACAUUUACGGAUGUUAUAAGGGCUAGAAGAGAUCUACCAAAAUCUGAUGAAGAAUGUGUGAAGGAAGAAAAUACUGUAAAUCAUGAGGGAACAGUAUCUGAAACAGAGAUAGAAGAAGCAUUUAAGGAAGUCAGUUUGAAUAACAAGGUGGAGUAUAGUAAUGAGGCUUCUCAAGAAUCAACAGAAGUUUGCACAAAAACCAAACAAGGCAUUUCCAAGAAAAAAAAGAACAGAAAUAAAGAACAGAAGCAGAAAUCUAUAGACUUAAAAAAUGAACAAGCUGGUACCAAUGCAGAGAAAGAUGGAAUCUUACAGAUUGAAACUCCUGAAAAUGAAAAGGGCUCAUAUUUAAUAAAAUAUAAUUUGUCAACCACUUCCCAUUUGGAAAGCACGAAGAAAAAACUGCAGUGUGAUGACUCUACUAUUAAAGAUCUGAAAUUCCUAACACCUGUGAGGCGGUCUUGCCGCAUCCAUGAAAAAGGAAGUAAGUUACCAAGUAUGCUGAAAGACCAUAGCCCUUGUGUUUCUUCGCUUGAACAGCUUGGAGAAUUGGGAGACGAAGGCACUGGUUUCAUCUACAGACCAAACAAUGCAUUGCAAACAGUCUUUAUCUGUCAACAUGAGCAAAGCCAAAAGUGAAAGCACAAGUUUUUAUUUAAGCUGAAGUCCUUUAAUUCAGUGCAGAUGUUAUGCUGCCAUAGUUUAACUAUAACUUUUAAUUUAGCUUUACUGAUAAUGUAUAUCUGUCAUAUGGGAAGGAUUCCUGUGCUUUAACCAUGUGAAAGAGUUACAUUUAUACCAAUCUUAACC